AACCCACUAACCCAUCAUCUGUAAGCAUCGGGUUAUGCCCGAACCUGAACAGCAACCCAGAGCCUCAACUGCCUGAGUCACGACUGCCGGCUCCAAAUUCCUUGAGUGUAGAUGAAAUAAAGAGACAACUGGGAUCAAUUGCUGUAAAAUGAUAAUCGGUGAGAAUGAUGUAGAGUAUAAAAUAAAAGAGUAAUAAAUGUCAGGUUUCAGUAUUUUUGUUUCAUAGUUUUUUAACAUGAAUAGUAUUAGAUUUAAUUCAACGUCAAAACAUCGUCUGGUAUGCAUACAGGAUAAAAUGCAGACAUCUCAGUGACAUGUUGUCACUCUCAGAAACAUUUGGCUGAUGUAAACCUACGGUAUAUAUUUUGGGUCAGUGUUGAUCAGACGUAUGGAUGAUUUUGUCCAAACGUUGUCUGUUGGCCAUUUUUGAUUUAAUGUCAACGUCACUGCAGUAGGAGCAGGACCCGGCACAUGAGGAGGUACAGUAUGUACGUGUGCUGUCUGAGAGGUGCAUUAAAUUAAAUAUUUUGUAAUAAUGUACAGGACAGAAAAAUCUCCAUAAAAUUAUUGACGUCUUGACGAUUAAUGAUUAGUUUACAGGUACAGUUUAGAACCUUUGAAGUCAGUGAGAUGAUAAGUGAGUGCAGGUCUUAGGUCCUCAGAGAGAACAUACAGAUAGAGCUGCAUUUAAAUGCUGAAGUAAGCACACAGUCCUGUUUGAUCAGUUAUCAAAUAACGCUGGUGACAUUGAAGAUAAGUGUGGUCUCAAAGUGUGGCUUUAUGCCAGUAGAUAAACUGGAGCCAAGUUCAGGUUUAUCAAAUAUUAAUAGAACUUUCCAGAUCAGGGAAUAAACCUGUACUGAGUGUAGAAAAUACAUGUGCAGAGAACAGAAGAGACAGGGAAUAAGCACUAGGCUGUAGGGACAUGCUGUUCAUUUCGGGGAUGUCUCAACAGAUGAGCAAAUCAUGAAAUCAUUAAACUAGACUGUAUCAGAAAUCAUUUUCUCAUCAUUGUCUUACAAUCUGAAGUGUUGCAGUAUCACAUGUGAUAACGCAUGCAAGACAGAAAGAGUUUAACAACACUGAGUCAUUUUAUUAGGGGUUACUGUUUAUUAGGAUUAUAAUCCAUAAUCACAUCAACAAUCAGUGUUUACAGAAAAUUAAGAAAUCAGCAUUUAGAAUUAGACUAAAAAUUGCAAUAUAGUACAAUAACAAUGAGUGUGGUCAGGGCGAAGCUCAUGGAGGAACGCUGAAAAACUGGAAAACAUGAUUGUUAGGGACAAACUGCAUCUGUGUUAAGAUUAAAACCACAAAUGUACACCAUGAUCUGAUCAUGUGAUGACACAGGAAAAACAAAACCAGAUAUUCAGAGUAGAUAUUAUUAGCUAAGUCUACUCUGUAGGCGACAUGGUGGCGUAGUGGUUAGUGUGUGACCUGUGACCUCGCACCUCCAGGGUUGAGGGUUAAAUUCCCGCCUCUCGUCUGAGUUUGCAUGUUCUCCCCGCGCUUAUUGGGUAUAUAUAUAUAUAUAUAACGUACAGUAUUUUAUCCUUAAAGUUUGAGUGUCUACUUUGUCUUUGUAUUUAUUAGGCAAUUUGAUGCUAUAUUCCUUAACGAAGCAUUAAGGAAAAUGUUUUCAAUAAAUGUGUAUCGUGAUUGGGUUUUAUUUGGUUACUUAACAAGUUUUUUUCCCCCAAGUUAAUUAACAUGAGGUUGUAGAUGAUUAAUUAUCAUAUAAACUGUAAAGUUGUUCAAAGAAAAACCUUUUUUUAUAAAUCACCAGAGGAGAAGACAUCCAAGAUGUGACUCAGUGUUUUACUGUUUUCAGUAGUAUUGAGAAGUAUUUACUUCAUGUUAUAUACACCUGUAUGUAGACUGAAUGUGUUGUAGAGUAAACACACUCUACACACUUUGCAGGCAGCGGUGGAGGUACAAAGGUAUAUUUACUGUAUAGAUGCUUCGUUUGCUUUCCGAGCACUAAAAAUGAAAGUGAAAAUACCUGAAAAUUCUUACCCUAAUUAUCCCACCCGUGGAGUUCAUGUCAUUUGCCUUCCACCAGAUUCACUAAAGAUCGAGUAAUUUUUCUGACUUCAAAAUGGCUCAAGUUCUUCCAGCAAUCAUCAAAUAUUUUGUCAUGGUCCUUGGAAACACCAUGAAUUCCCACAAGACUUUCCUGGAAAAUCUCACAAUUUCCACAAAUCUUCGUGAAGUUUCUUUAUUGAAAGACAGUAAUGUCAUUAUUGCUUUUGUCCCGAUUGUGUCUCGGGCUGGGACUGACAUUUCAGCUGUAAUGGAGAAGAUUCCUGAGGGGAAGCCUGUUGUUCUCGUGGUGCUCCACCACACUUUCGAUCCGUAUUACAUCGCUCCAGACAGCAGACUCUGUGUAAAAAGGGAAAGCGUGUUUGCUGUAGAUUGUCUUUAUUAUGAAGAUCAGGGGUUUCUGAGAUGUCUGCGCAAUGAUGAAGCGAUCAAAGCCGUGAAGAAGCACCUGAGACUCCAAGAACAGGCAAAUCACGUCUCUUACAACUGGAACACGGUUGCGUUUUUUGCUGUAUGUAUUGUUGCUGCUGUUGUUGUGUUUGUUUAUAUCAUUGGUCAAGUGGAUAUCAUCAGUAUUAUUGUGGGUAUUGCUGUUGUGGUUGGUGGUGUGGUCAUCAUCGUGAUUGUCAUCGAUCGUUCAGCCGGCCGCACCAGCGCUCACAAGCCUGCGGAUAAGAAGCAGUGGCGCGAAACCACCACUUCCUGUUCAUCUGUAUGACAUUAACUUGGGUUAAAUAGAAAAGAUGUUGUAAUUGCCACAAUCCUCUUAUUUUUAUUCUUAAUUAAGUAUUUGAUUUUUAAUCAUAAUAAAUAAAAAUAUGCUUUAUGUUCAGGAAAAAAUCGAGUCAGCAUAUCAAUCUAUUAUAAUAUAGUGAUUUUAUCUUAUAUUUUAAUCUUAUAAGACUUCAGCAAGAUAUUAGUUUCCCUCUCUCUUAUUCAUUUACCUACAUCUAUCAUUUGGUGCUUUGUGUAAACAAAGUAUGUGAGUAUACAAAAGUAUGUGAGUAUGAAUUAAAAAUACAAAUUUUAUUGCAUGUUCUUUUUACAUAGAUUUUUGGGUGUAUAUGUAUUCUGCAAAAUAAUUUAUUUUAAAGCCAUUGUAAUAUGAUGCAAUAUUCCUUUAUUACGUAGCAAAUAU